CUUCUAUUUGAAGGGCAUUUUUUUUUCCAGUCUCUGUAGCGGGAGCAGAGCUGGUGGAGGAGUGAAGCUUCGGACCUGCCUUUGGUCUCCCGAGUUACCCGGAGAGUUGUAGCAGAAGGUUCGCUCUCGACUUCAGGGAUCCCACGGCUGCCCUCAAGCCGACCUGAUGUGGUUGUGUCUGGUCUGCGGUGUGAUCUUGUUGGCCCUCGGUUGGGUUGUGAGAGACCGUCAGAAGAUCAGCAGCGUCAAGGACAAGUAUGUCCUCAUCACUGGCUGCGAUACCGGCUUCGGGAACCUACUGGCAAAGACCCUGGACAAGAGAGGCUUCCGUGUCCUGGCCGGCUGCUUGACCCAACGAGGUGCCGAUGAUCUUCAAAGGAGCUGCUCGUCCAGGCUCCAAACCACUUUGUUAGACGUGACAGAUAACGGCAGCAUCCAGAAGGCCAUGGAAUGGGCCAAGGCCGAGGUGGGGGAGAAAGGGCUGUGGGGAUUGGUGAACAACGCUGGAAGGUCCACCCCCAUCGGCCCGACAGAGUGGCUGAGGAUGGAAGAUUACCACAAGGUUCUGAGCGUGAACCUGACGGGGCUGAUUGAGGUGACCCUGAGCUUCAUCCCCCUGGUGAAAAGGGCCAAGGGGCGCAUUGUCAACACGGCCAGCGUGAUGGGCCGCAUCUCCUUCGCCGGCGGAGGUUACUGCCUCUCAAAGUGCGGAGUGGAAUCAUUCUCCGAUAGCCUGAGGAGGGACAUGCAAUAUUCUGGGGUGAGAGUUAGCAUCAUCGAGCCUGGCUUCUUCAAGACAGCGAUGACCAACUUGGAAGGGAUCGAGAAAGACCUUGAUCGCCUGUGGGGCAGACUGGCUCCAGACGUACGUGAGAGUUACGGACAACAAUAUUUUGACAAAUACGUGAACAUCCAGAAGUUGUCGAUGAACAUCUUGUGCGACACGGACCUCACGAAGGUCACGUGGUGCAUGGAGCACGCCCUGGUGGCCAAGUACCCUCGCACACGCUACGCUGCAGGCUGGGAUGCCAAGUUCUUCUGGGUCCCCAUCUCCUACGCCCCCACCCUGAUCUGUGACUUCAUGCUGGCCCUUCUGCUCCCCAAACCUGCCCACAGCGUCUGAUAGACAGGGCCUAAAAGGGAAUGGAGCGCAGCUGAAGUGAACCCUUCAUUAUAGUUGUCUGGGGAAAGUGUUUCCGUAGCUCAGGGGGUUAGAGCCCUCGCCUCGCAAGCCAGAGGACCCGGGUUCAAUUCCCGGGGCGGAUCAGGUCAGGGCGAAACCUUAGGCAAGUUUCCUUACUCCACACACAGACACACACACACC